CGUGCUUCCAAACACCCUUCCUCUCGCCGUUGCCCUGCCGCGUGAUUAGGCGCACCAUGCCUAGCCGGAAUGGCCCCCAUGUGGGGACCCAUAUACCUCGGGGAUGCAGAUAGCAACUGGCCGACCCAAAUUUGAAGCUCUGCUCAGGAUGAAGACUAACCAACACUCAGUACAGACGCAGCGCACGUCGUACAGCAGGCAAUCCGGGAAGUAGACCCAGCGCCAGGUCACAUAUUCGUCGUAGCGCGCCGGGAAGGCUGAAGGAACCGCGGCGCGCCGUCCUGUAUUCAGCGGCCAAUCAGCACGAUACGCGCUCCCACACCGAUCCUCCAUCAAACAGCCGCCGGCGACCGUCCCUAUAACUCGCUCGAGGAUGACUCAGACGCACCUUCCCUCCUCCCCCCCCAUCUCCCCGGACACCAUGGCGUCCACCAGCCUGAUGCCAAAUGUCCUCGACCUCGUCGACAGGAAGGACAGUUCGUGGUCGCACUCCACGCUUGCGCGCCUCUCGAGGGAGUCGCUGGCGAAAGACCCCGCGACCGAACGCACGUCCCCCGUACCAGAUCCUGAGAGCGGGGCGGGGGAUGAGACGGAGGUUACGCAUACGCAGGCGCUGGAGGACGUCGCGGACGAGUUCCGCCUACCGGACUUGUGGUCGCUGGUCGUGGUGAUCGGGGGAAAUGUCAUGUUCCAGCUCGCAUUCUUCAUCAUCGUGUCCUCCGCGUCCUCGUACGCGGAGUCAUUGGGCGGUACGGCCUUGUUCUCCGGUCUCGCCAUCGGAAUCCCCCCAGCCGUAUCCGCAAUGCUGCUCUUCCCCCUCACGCGCAUAGAUGGAGGCAAGUACCGGAUGCCCUUCAACCUGGCCUACAUAUCCAGCGCCUUCGGUUGCAUGCUCUACGGUCUGGCAUACAAGGCCAACUUCCUGUAUUUGAUCCUCAUCGGCCGCAUCGUGAGCGGCGUGGGCUUCGUCGCAUUCAUGUACUCUAAGCGCUACGUGACGGACCAGCGCAUCGUCGGCAUCCGCCGGCGGACCACGCUCGGCUCGUACCUUGUCCUCGGACAGGGCAUUGGCUUCAGCCUCGGCCCCUUCCUCGGCGGUGUUCUCUACAAGUUCGUUGGCUUUCAGGAUGGCACCGAAGGCUUCCGCAGCUCACAUGCGAACGACGUCUGGAAUGGCUACACGUCGCCGGGUUGGGUGAUGGCCUGCGCUUGGAUCGCGUUCGCCAUCUUCGCGUACUUCAAGUUCGUCGACGUCAAAGAUGCCCCUGCCGCGGUCGAGCUGCACCACCCCGCCAGCCCGCCUCGGCGCACGCCGCCGCAGGUCAAGAUGGGGCUCCGCCAGUGGGGCGUCAUCAUCACCAUGAUGUACUGGUCCAUGACCUGUUUCCACAUCCUCGGCGCCUGGGAGGCCAACAUCCCCAUCUUCACCGCCGCCGAACUCGGCUACUCCCCCUACGCCGCCGGCAACUUCAUCGCGCUCGGCGGCGUCGCCACCAUUCCCUUCCUCCUCGCCAACACCCGCUACUCGCGCAAGUUCCAGGACCGCACGAUCCUCGCGACCGGUUCUGCCCUGGGUCUCGCAGGCGUGCUCAUCGCGAUGGCGCUGGUCUCUACCGAUAGGGUUUCGUUCGGCCCGUACUUUGUGUGCUGGUUCUUGAUUGCGCUGGGCUUCAAUUUGGCAAGUACGUGCACGGUGGCGUUGCUUUCGAAGCAGUUCCCGCCGGAGUGGAAUGGCAGGCUGUCGAUGGCGAUUCAGUAUAGUAACUAUACGGGGCGUGUGUCGGGAGCGCUGUUGGGUGGUGCGGGUGUCAGUAUGGGGAUGAAGAACUUCAUCGGAGUUCAGCUCGCGAUAAUUGGCUUCGGUGCAACCCUGUACUUGACGCUGUGGAGGGAGCUGAAGGCGAAGACAGGUUGAUUGAAGCAAAAGUAAACUCUGCUACGACCUUGCUAGAUAGAUGUACUGUUCAACUCAGUAGAUACAAGGGUGUGCAUGCAAGUAGAGGUUUCAUUUGCCUGGACUUCACUCCUUC